AUGGUCUCAAAUGAAGCCCAUCAGUAUACAGGAAUUGUCCAGUUACUGAAGCAUUUUGGGUGGACCUGGAUUGGACUCAUUGUUUUGAGAGAUGAGAGUGGAGAUCAUUUCUUGAAGAUCUUGGAACUUUUGUUUUUCCAGAAUGGAAUCUGUUCUGCCUUUAUACAAAGAAUCCCAGGCCAAGGUCGUUUGCUUUCUUUCUCUGAAAUUGAUAAGAUAUCAUCAAGCAUUUAUAAAUCUUUCAUGGACAACAAUGCCAAAAUAUUUGUUAUGUAUGGAGAAACUCUUACAGUGAUGUGGCUGAGUACAUUAAUGUUUCAGAUAGAUUCUUCUUAUUCAGAAAACACAUCCGUUGGAAAGUUGUGGAUUGUAACUGCACAGAUUGAUUUCACAGUCAUGGGCCUUGUAACAAGCUGGGAUUCAGAAAUAUUCCAAGGCACCAUUUCCUUUGAAGUACCUUCAAAUGAACCAUUAGGGUUUCAGACAUACCUUCAGAACCUAAAAUGCUGCUCAGCACAUGAUGACCAUUUUUUAAAGGAUUUUUGGGAGCAAGCUUUCCAUUGCACAUUUUCAAAUUCCAAAGGAUCAGUGGAGCACAAUAAAGCAUGCACUGGUGAAGAGAAGUUGGAAACACUUCCAGGUUCUGUUUUUGAAAUGCAGAUGAGUGGCCACAGCUACAGCAUCUUUAAUGCUGUAUACCUUUUGGCACAUGCUUUACAUGCAAUGACUUCAUUUAGGUCCCGCUACCAAGCACUGGUGAAAAGGAAAAGAUAUGCAUAUCAAGAUCUUCAACCAUGGCAGCUUCACUGGUUUCUUCAAGGCAUUUCCUUUAACAACUCAGCUGGAGAAAGUGUGACUUUUAAUGAGAGAAUGGAGGUGGCCAAUGGCCUUGAUAUAAUGAAGAUGGUAAUAUUCCCAAAUAACUCCUUCACUAAAAUAAAAGUUGGGAGGAUAGAUUCCAAAGAAAAGCAGACCUUCAGCUUUUAUCAAGAUAAAAAGAGUUGGCACAGGCAUUUCAACCAGGUUCUGCCCUUUUCUCUAUGUAGUGAUCCUUGCCAGCCUGGAUACCAAAAGAAAAAGAAGGAAGGAGAGAAAUUCUGCUGCUAUGAUUGUGCUCCCUGCCCUGAAGGGAAGAUUUCACCUGAAAUAGAUAUGGCUGACUGUUCCCCGUGUCCAGAAGAUCAAUACCCAAGCAAGAAGCAAGAUCGAUGUAUUUUCAAGACUUUAAACUUUCUGUCUCAUAAAGAACCAUUAGGGAUGAGUUUAGUCUUAGUUGGUAUUAGCCUAUUUAUAACUACAGCAUUUGUCCUUGGAACUUUUGUUAAGCACCAAGAUACUCCCAUCGUCAAAGCCAACAACCGGGAACUUACAUUUACACUCCUUCUCUCCCUUCUCCUUUGCUUUUUUUCGCCUUUACUAUUUUUUGAGCAGCCCAACAAGACCACUUGCUUUCUUUGCCAAACUGCUUUUGGCAUCAUUUUUGCUGUGGCUAUUUCCUGUGUAUUGGCUAAAACCAUCACUGUAGUUGUAGCAUUCAUGGCCACCAAACCAGGGUCCAAUAUGAGGAAAUGGUUAGGGAGAAAACUGGCUAGUUCCAUUGUUAUUUCCUGCACUCUUGUUCAAGCAAGUAUUUGUUCUUGGUGGAUGACAACCUCUCCUCCCUUCCCAAAUUUGGAUAUGAACUCUCUCACCAGUGAAAUCAUAGCAGAAUGUAAUGUAGGAUCUGCUGUCAUGUUCUAUCUUGUCUUGGGCUAUUUGGGAUUUCUAGCCAUCAUUAGUUUUAUGGUGGCAUUUUUUGCCAGGAAGUUGCCAGAUGCUUUCAAUGAAGCCAAGUUUAUCACCUUCAGCAUGCUGAUGUUUUGUAGUGUUUGGUUGACCUUUGUCCCUACUUAUCUGAGCACAAAAGGGAAGUACAUGGUAGCUGUGGAGAUCUUCUCCAUCCUAGCAUCCAGUGGUGGAUUGCUGUCUUGUAUCUUUUUCCCCAAAUGCUACAUUAUUCUGUUGAGACCUCAGUUAAACAAUAGGCAGCAGUUAAGAAAAAACAAUUAA